CUGAAGACACUGGAUUUCCCAAGAAAUUAUUCGCUUGAUAGGACAUACAGAUACGUCGGUUUGAAUUUGAUGGCAGUUUCUGUAGUCACGGUCGACACACUUCAAUUUUUUUGCAUAAUAUAUCUAAGGAUAAUUACCAGACUGAGCUUUACUUUAAUCCAGACAAUACUGAUUCGUGAACGUCGGCACACUCCGAAGACCAGAUUAAAAAAUGUCUCAAUCCAAACCGCUCCUCAUCCCAUGGCUGCGCGAACAGAUAAAUAGUGGCCAGUAUCCAGGGGUUACCUGGACCAAUCAGGAGAGAACAGAGUUCUGCAUCCCUUGGAAACACGCUUUGAGGCAGGAUUCCUGCAGCGAUGAUGUACUUAUUUUCAAGGCGUGGGCUGAGGUUAGCAAUGGUAGGGUUCAAGGCGACCCCUCCAUUUGGAAGAGAAACUUCCGUUCUGCCCUCCGAGCCAAGGGGUUCAAAAUGCUCCUUGACAACAAAAAUGAUGCAGCCAACCCCAACAAACUGUUCCAGUGGCCAGAUGAGGCAUCCACGGGAGGAUCUCAGCACCCAGAACAUGAUCUGUAUCAAGAUCCCAGUCCAUUACAAGAAAGUCUACCAUGUUUUAAUGACCUUUACCUUGCAGCAGAAGAAACUGUACACACAGCAGAGGGGAUUUCAACCACUUUCAACCAGGAUAUACUUCAGAAAUGUCUGCAAGGGUUGAACAUUGAACAAACAGAGGCUAUUCAGGUUUAUGAACUCCCCAUCGAGGAACGGCAAUAUCCAAUGGAGGGCGCGAUUGGAGGGCAUGAUUUGCUAGGGCAACAGCAGUAUCCGGUUGUAAUGGAGGAUGCAUCGGGAGGAGCCGUGUUGCCCCCGCAACCGGGGUAUCCAAUGGAUGGAGCCGUUGGUGGUGCCCAUGAACAGCAGGUGGUGGAGCAGUUCACAAAUGAAUUGUCCAGAACCAUGGUGGGCGAAAAUUUUAAGACUCACUUCAGGGUUUCUGUGUACUACCGGGGAGUGAAGAUGCUUGAGCAGCUGGUUGAGAACGAGGCAGGGUUCAGAUUAGUCUACAGACCUGAACUUACACAACCGCUUCUGGACCCAGACUCUGGCCUGAAUCUGGUCUCUCUGCCCAGUCCACCACCUGUCCGGGACGAAACUCAGGCCAAACUGACCCAAGAAAUCCUGUCUCUCCUGGGAGAGGGCCUGGAGGUGGGUGCCUCCGGGUCCAUUAUCUACGGACUCCGUAAGGGUGGAAUUAAGGUCUUCUGGAGCCUUGACAAGUUUGACAAGAGCAGGAGGCCCCAGGCAGUGUCCAAAUACCCGGAACCACUAUAUCAGGCCAAGGACUUCUAUGGAGGGCUGUUGAAGUUCAUGCACAAUCAUGGAGGAGAAUGUCCCCCCUUUUCUCUAUUCUUCUGUCUGGGCGAGAAGUGGCCAGACCCGGACAACAGACCCUGGGAGAAGAAACUGGUCAUGGUCGAGGUGGUGUUAACCGCUCUGGAGCUACUGAAGUCAAUCGCGGUGGAAGGUGGUGCCUCCUCUCUGCAGUCUGUGGAACUGCAGCUGUCCUUGCAGGAGUCCCUGCAGGAGAUGAUGGACUUGUGCUAAAGAGGGACUGAUCCACCUACUGUAUAAGGGUUCGCUGUGGAAAAUGUACAAAUUCUGAGUAUCCCUUCUAUCAUAAUGUUUACUAUUUUGUAUGACCAUAUUUGAUCAACUGUUCAGUAGCAAAACAACAGUAUGUGAGGGGGAAUGGGUUAAAUAAGCAUUUACGUUUAAUGUUUAAUAGGGAACCUCACUAUGUUUUGUUUUUUUCAAUGAUACUGUAAUCAACGAGGCAUGCGGGGUUCUAAAUUGCAACUAUUUUGGUCACGUAUGCUCCUUAAUAUUUUGCUGUGCGACCUGGAUUUUUUAUUUGGGAGCACCAGUGUGCCUAGAAAAAUAAUCACGCAGAUAAUUGUUGUAAUGAUUAGACUUCACUGUACCAUUGUUUCCUAUUGCCUUAGAGAGAGACUGGCCCAAUGCUCCUACGCCAGGCUACCUGCAAUUGUUUUGUUUUGUUGAUUGCACACGUAGACUAUAGAAACUCCGCUAACCAAACAACAGUAUGUAUUGCUGUAGGUGCAUGUCGCUACACUCAAAAUUUACAUUUCUUAGAUUUUUCCUGACCUCAAAAGUGCCCUCAUGACGUGGUUUAAUUUGGGACAAAAUGGAAUUAGGCAAAAAAAAUGCCCAAACUAUGUAGAAACCUACUCAUGCAAUUUCAAUGACAGGUAUUUGUAUCAAUUUUAGCUUUUUUUUUAUAAUAAACAAAUGUGUUUACAGGGUUACCUAUUAGUUUCUAGGGCACGACAUGUGCUUCAGAAGUAGUUUGAAUUCGUGUAGGCUAUAUCCACUUUUUUGGUGCUCUUAAAUGUUAUGCUGUGCUCCAAACUUUUUCAAGUUGUGAGCACCAGUUCAGGAUUAUUAAUUGAGGAAAAAUAUCAAAUCAAGCACAGUUAUUAUCCAUCUAAACUAGAGAUGUAAUGCAUAGGCAUGGCAUCUAUUUCACUUAAGUCUUAAUAAAUUACUGUGAUAUGGUACAAUGGAUUUCACAACUUUAUUUAAAGGUCUACUGGCCAAUAGUAUGUAUGUAUGUAUGAGAUUAAAUGCAUCACUCAUCAUAACUAUCUCAUCUCGUUUUCAAAAACCCACUCUUUCAUAAGACAAGACUUAACUGUAUGCUGCGAUGAGACUAAUUCAGACUACAAUAAAUAAAAAAUACCUUUAAAAUGUGUUUUUAAAUCUACA